CAUCACUCAAAAGUACAUAACAUUAUUAACCAUGCAUCACCCAUAUUAGAUUUGACAUUUUGCAAUCUUAAAAUGCUGUUUACAAUGUUAGGUUCUAAACUAUCAUCUUACAACAAAAUCAGUGUUUCAGAUGUAGUUGCAUAUGACUCAUAGUUUAGGGAUUGUGGGAUUUAUGGCACAGCUUGUCCUUGUGCAUUUACUGUAUGUGUGUUUAUGCAUGCACUUUAAAGCUGUUCAAUUCUGUUGAUAAGAAUGAGGACGGAGGAUUAAGAGACUUUAGUUGUUUAGUUCAGAUGGCUGUUAUACAUGCACAUUUGCUCUUCCAUAUACAACGCUGACCCCCACCUCUCUCUCUUACCCACAUUCACAGAUUAUGUCACUGUGCUUUAUUAAUCUUAUAGCACCAACAAGUGCUGUGUCUGCUUAACCAUUUGUUCAUCUCACUAAAACAUCAUUUACGGCUCCCGUUGUCUAUAAAAAUAACUUCUGACUGUCCUCUAAUCACAGAGGUGAAGUGUUAGAAGUGCAAAAAAUGGAUGAGAGGAAGGUAGAGGUGCGCAUAAAGAGGGAGGUGGGUGUUCAAAAGGAUGGGAGGGUUCGUGUGCAUGAAUCCUGAUGGUCCUCUGGCAGACUGACCAAAGCUGAAUUGAUUCGCUCCACCCGUAUAAACAGAGAGCAACAGGAACAAAAGAGGCUUAAGACUGAAAAGCAAGCAUUUCACUUUGAGAUUAAGAGACAGUGGCAGACUGAAAAAGACGGAGAGAUAAACACAGAAUAGGUGGACUGACAGAGGAAGGUGAGUAAAAAACUUUCACUUAGGGUGUAUUCACACCUGUCUUGUUUGGUUCGAUUAAAACGAACUCUGGCUCGUUUCCCCCUUUGGUGCGGAUCAUUUGGGCAGGUGUGAAUACAGCAAUCAUUUGGUCCGGAUUUGGUCCGGACCAAAGCAAGUGAACUAUCGGACUUUCCUGGUGUGAAUACACCUUUAGUUCUUUGCCCAGAUGUGCCUCUGUUUGGGUUCAAUAUUUCAUUUGACACUCUCAUUUAAAGCUGAAUUGUGGUUCGAAUAGCUUAAGUGAAAUAACUUAUCACACUUGAACAAGUUUGUUAUCAUUGUUUAUAAAACAAUACUUAAUACCUGUGCAGCUGUAUUUUUCCAACUGGGUUUUCUUGGGCACAGCAGCAUCAUUAGGUCUCAGUUUUUCUCUUUUCCUUUCUGUCUGUCUCUCUGUUAGUAGUUAAUGUCUAAGAGAGUGAAUGGCUCGUGGAUGGGGUCUAUCUCUGUCCCGUCCUCUGUCCCUCAUGCCUUCCGCUCACAGCUCUCUUCGUCCGCUGACCUGAGCAUAGCCAUCAUACUCAUCAUCACAGGUGUGGUGUCGGUGAUUGGGAAUGGACUGGUAUUGUUGGUUUAUGGACAGAGGAGAAAGAAGCUCAGAGCGCACGAACUGAUGACCAUCAAUCUGGCUGUUUGUGAUUUUGGCUACAGCCUGCUGGGGGCGCCAUGCCUCAUCAUCUCAAGUCUGUCGCAUGCAUGGAUUUUUGGGGAAACAGGAUGUAUGUGGUACGGGUUUCAGGGUUUUGUUUUUGGCAUUGGGUCUCUCAUCACUACCUGCUUUAUCUCCCUCGACCGCUGUUUCAAGAUCUGUAGCUUUCGAUAUGGUCAGUGGAUUGAGAGAAAACAUGCCUCUCUGUCUGUGGCUCUGGUGUGGAUCUAUACAAUAUUCUGGGCCUCCCUACCUGUGUUUGGCUUUGGUAGUUACGGCCCAGAACCCUUUGGAACCAGCUGCACCAUAAACUGGUGGAGAAUGAAGUCUUCACUUAAUGACAGAGUCUAUAUUUACCUGAUUCUAUCACUCUGCUUUGGAGUUCCCACCUUCACUAUCAUCAUUUCAUACCUCGCUAUCCUCAUCAAGGUGUAUCGGUCUGGUCGCAUAUUGGCUUCAAUCCCUUCAUCCAAUGUCACUCACAACAGCAAAGAUCUCCGGUUGACAAAGAUAGCAGCAGUGGUGUGUUCCUCAUUUCUGAUUGCCUGGACUCCCUAUGCGAUCGUUUCGCUCUACUCCGCUUUGACUGCCAGAGAGGAACACACUGGAGAAGACGGAGGAACCGCUCUCACGGGUGGAAUGUCAGCAGCAGGCGUCAGCCAUGGUGGAGGGUUGUCUGACGUCUUUGGUUUUCCCUUCCUCAUUAACUGGACCUCUUCAGAACACUUCGGGGAUGCUUUUGGCUCCUGGAGGAAUAUGACUUCUGAUCAUUCCCAUCAUUCAGUAGGGCAUCAUGGAUCAAGUUCAACUGUGGGUUCUGCACAUGGAGGAAUGAAUGGACAUCAGUCACAUCUUGUGUCCAUAUUAAAGCCAGAGGUCUCACUCAUUCCAGCUAUUUUUGCCAAGUCACACUGCAUGAUAAACCCCUUCAUCUACCAGAUCAUGAACCGCGACUUCAGGGAGGAUGUCUAUGAUCUCCUGUGCCUGAGAGGAAAAGAUGGAGACAGGAGGAGAACAAGGAGCACAGACGGCAGUGAUUCUGAUGGGUAUCGUGGAAGCAUCACACUCUCUUAUAUCCACAGCUGGAGGAGAAGAAGCACAGCUACCAGUCAGUCAUCUGGGGAGCGUGUGAAGAAAGAUUCCUCACGGAAGAGUAGAGGUAGUAGAGGGAGCCGAGGGAGUAGAGAUCAGGGGGGGUCCUGUCAGGACAGUACAGCAGUCGGGUGGGCAACCUUGGAUACUACAACCUUAGAUACGCAGGCCAACUUAGAAAGAGAAAGAGGGAAGGAGGUGGAAAGAGAGAUGAAAAAAGAAUUUAGAGAACCCACCUCUAACAGCUUGUUGACAGGUGAGGAGUGAUGCCUGCUGUCCAAAUAGACAGAAACAGCACAGUUCAUAAUGCAGUUAGUUUGCUCAAAAUAUCUGUUGUUUUAGUUAAAAAACAGUGUUUCUUUUUUUCCAUUAGUGUCAUCCAGUGUGUGAUUUUGCACACUAUUUUGCACCUAUCUAGUCUCACACUGGUGCGACACAUGAGGCUCUAGUUAGAUAGAUGAUUUUCAUAUUGAUUUUGUCCUUUGUAUGUUUGUAACUGGAUCCUGUGUAUUUAAUUAUUUAUUUAUUUAUAUAUAUUGUGUAUAUAAAUAUUUAAUGGAUUUAUUUAUUGUAUUUAUGUUUUUAAAUAUUUAGAGAGCACUAUCCAGUCCAAAGUAUUUCAAACAACUAUUUCUGAAUAAAUGUGCAAUGUAAAUAAAGUUUACA